GUUGAGCGAAAAGUUUGAGCCCCGAGGCAGCAAAGCCGUGGAGUCGGCGUUUGUCCGGCGCCACAGUUGUGCCUCCGAUGCGAGGCGGAGCCCGGGACCAGCUGCUUUCCGCUCUGGGCCACUCUAGGGAACCGAGGUGGCGCCACCCCAGCAAACCGGACAGACUGGAUCCGGCAGCCGGAGGGAAUGAUGCGGGUGCCCCCACAGCCCGGGCUCCGGGCGGGGAGGGCGAGCCCCACAGCCUGCACCGCGACGCCCGCCUGGGCAGCGCCGAUAAGGAGCUGAAGGCAGGGGCCACAGCAGAGAGCAGCGCCCCAACAACACUGGGGAGCCCUAGGCAGCGGGAGCCUCGGGUCAAAGUUAUGGAUCCAGCCGGUGGCCCCCGGAACCUGCUCCCGCGACCUUGCCGCGUGCUGGUGCUGCUCAACCCACGUGGCGGCAAGGGCAAGGCCCUGCAGCUCUUCCGGAGCCACGUGCAGCCCCUGCUGGCCCAGGCUGAUGUCUCCUACAGGCUCAUGCUCACUGAACGGCGGAACCACGCCCGGGAGCUGGCACGGACAGAGGAGCUGGCACGCUGGGAUGCGCUGGUGGUCAUGUCUGGAGACGGGCUGAUGCAUGAAGUGGUGAACGGGCUCAUGGAGCGGCCUGACUGGGAGACUGCCAUCCGGAAGCCCCUGUGCAGCCUCCCAGCUGGUUCUGGCAAUGCACUGGCAGCGUCUUUGAACCAUUAUGCAGGCUACGAGCAGGUGACUAACGAAGACCUCCUGAACAACUGCACGCUGCUGCUGUGCCGGAGGCGGCUGGCUCCCAUGAACCUGCUGUCACUGCAGAUGGUAUCGGGGCCGCGAGUGUUCUCCGUGCUCAGCCUGGCCUGGGGCUUCAUUGCUGAUGUGGAUAUCGAAAGCGAGAAGUUUCGGCGCCUGGGGGAGAUGCGCUUCACUGUGGGCACCAUCCUGCGCCUGGCAACCCUGAGGGUCUACCGGGGCCGCCUGGCCUACCUCCCUGUAGAACGGGUGGUCUCCAAGGUGCCCACCUCCCCUGCUCUGGACCGGCAGGACCAGCAGGGCCCUGUGGACACCCACCUCGUGCCCCUGGAGGAGCCUGUGCCUGCUCACUGGACUGUGGUGCCGGAGCAGGACUUCGUGCUGGUGCUGGCGCUGCUGCACUCUCACCUGGGCAGCGAGAUGUUCGCCGCCCCCAUGGGCCACAGCGCGGCCGGCGCCAUGCACCUGUUCUAUGUGCGGGCAGGCGUGUCCCGGGCCAUGCUGCUGCGCCUCUUCCUGGCCAUGGAGAAGGGCAGGCACAUGGAGUGUGACUGUCCCUACUUGGUGUAUGUGCCCGUGGUUGCCUUCCGCCUGGAGCCCAGGGAUGGGAAGGGGAUGUUUGCCGUGGACGGGGAGCUGAUGGUUAGCGAGGCCGUGCAGGGCCAGGUGCACCCAAAUUACUUCUGGAUGGUCAGUGGCCAGGUGGAGCCCUCACCCCCGCUGGAGCCACAGCUGCUGCCACCCAGCCAGAAGCUUCAGCAGACGCCACCUCCAGAAGGUCCCUUAUGACUCCUUGGGCCUACCUCCCUGUAGGACGGGUGCCUUACUCUGUCUACUUCGUAAUCUGCGCUCAGCUCCCGUGGAGAUGAGGACUCUCAUGGAAGGCUGGGUAGAGGCUGUGCUUUGGAAGAACCUGCUCUGCCCACCAAAGGCCGGAAUGAGGCCCUGGGCCAGGAGCCCAGCUGGUUGGGCCCCACCAUCUGUGGAAACCACCCCAAUAUUCUGGGAGACCCACCCCAUGAAUCAAAUCCAAAUAAAAGUGACAUUCCCAGCCUGCUGGUCUUAUCCUAGGGGUCACACGUUAGUU